AUGCCUCGAAAAAUGGUGUUGCUCAAGAAGCAGUGCAGAAUAUUAAAAGAGCUAGUAAAACCAUGACGGAGGGAGAGGCAAGGCAGAUUCUUGGCGUCACUGAGAAUUCAUCAUGGGAAGAAAUUGUGCAGAAGUAUGACAACUUGUUUGAGCGAAAUGCUAAAAAUGGGAGCUUUUACCUUCAGUCAAAGGUUCACAGAGCUAAAGAGUGUUUAGAAGCAGUUUACCAACCUAAAGAACCAGAAACAAAAUAAGUGAACCUCGAACAAAAGACCGAUCUCGUCAUCAACUCGACUAAGAGUUCCGAAUCCAAAAAGGAAAACUCCUCCAGAUGAUUAGUGUAUAUCUUUGGUGCUGGUGAAUACCUAGUUAGCUCCUUGGAUCUUUCUCAAAAUUAAUUUGGCUGACAGCAGCAUGAGGUUCUUCUAGACACGCACAAAAUCGUAGAAUACGUUUGUGUUAAUAAAGAUAUCAUAAUUCCUUAAGUAGCUAACGAGUAAAAAGAGUGCUAAAACACUCUAAACGUUUUGGUGCGUCAUUUUAAGUUAUAGGAGUAUUCAUUAUUCAGGCUUUUUCACUACUAAUUACUGUAUAUAUUUAAGAUUCACAAUACAUAUGAUCGCUAUAGUUGAGAACACAGACUACUUGCUUCACAAAAAUGUUGAGACUA